AUGUCCAGUAUUUCAUUGAUUGAUUCUGUCAUCGACGACGACGACGAGUUCUGCCCCCUGUGCAUUGAAGAGUUCGAUCUCUCCGAUAAGAAUUUCAAACCGUGUCCUUGCGGAUAUCAGAUUUGUCAAUUCUGCUACAACAAUAUUAAGACGCAGAAUGAAGAAGGACGAUGCCCUAACUGUCGGCGCGGAUACGAUGAAAGUACUAUCCAGUACAAGAUUCCUGACGUUGAAGAGUUCAAGGCGGAUCUGGCACUGAAACAUCGUAAGGCAGCGGCUGCGAAAAAGAAGGAAGCCGAAAAACGUGAAAUCGAGGCUUCCAGUCGCAAGAACUUGGCCGGCGUCCGUGUUGUUCAAAAGAACUUGGUCUACGUUAUCGGCCUCAACCCUACGAUCCGAGACGAAAAUCAACUCCUUCAAACGCUCCGUGGACGGGAAUAUUUCGGUCAAUAUGGCGAGAUUGAGAAGAUCGUGGUCAGCAAGGCUAAGCCCGGUGGCAACCCUAACCAGGGAAUUGGUGUUUACGUGACUUUCUCGCGUAAAAUCGAUGCUGCGAUGUGCAUCAACGCUGUGGACGGGUCCGGAAAUGGUGAUCGGGUGCUCAGGGCGCAAUACGGAACAACCAAAUAUUGCUCGUCGUUCCUUCGCAAUGAGCAGUGCAAUAAUCGGAACUGCACUUUCUUGCACGAGACUGGGGAGGACAGCGACAGCUACAGCCGCCAGGACCUCUCAUCUAUGAACUCGAUUUCCACCCAACGCCCUAACCUCCCACCUACCCCCUCUCACGUGAGGUCCGCUCAACCCAUCGCUCAUCCUAUGCGCCGGCAGCCCAGUAAGGACGAUUCGAUCAGCAGUCGUACCGGCAUACCAGAUGGCCCAGCUCUCCCGUCAACUGCCAGCUGGGCUAACAAAGAAGUAGCUACUGCUAUUCACCGAACCAGAAGGACUAGUCUCACUGGUAGCCAAGCUUCCAAUAGCCCCCGGCCCGCAAGUGUCAAUGUUGCGACCCCGGUUGAAGAACCGAAGCGAACAGAGAAGCCAUCUCCAAUCUCCCAAGAAGCCCAACAACCAAUCGCCCAAGUCGAUCCCCAAUCUCCCGCCCCGCAACCACGUCCUCGUCGUGGGAUUCAACCUCCCAAGCUGCCAUCACCGUUUGAUGAUUUGCUCAAGGAUAUGAACUCUCCCGAUUUCAAGUUUUCCUUCAGCACAGCUGAACUGAGCGCCGAAGAGGUUAAGUUGAUUCAGGAUUACCCGUCUUUCAUCGACCCAUAUGGUGGUGUCAAGCGUAGAGCAAUGCGCGAGAAAGUCGAACAAGAGCGUCUUAACCGAGAACACGAGUUGCUUCAAUCUGUUGCAGCUGAGGAGGAUAGCCGUGAAGCUGGUAGCCUCCAGCUAGGUGGCGAGCCAGAGGAAGCGAAUCCCCCGCGUAGUCGCCAGACACGGGAGUCGCACGGUGCUAUCCAGCCCCCUUCACAGCAGGAUACUGCCGACAACUCAACUGUUGGAUCUCCUGUCUCUGCGACUAGCCAUCAAUUCCAAGGCUUGAAUCUCGCUGGACGAAGCUUAACUCCCUUGCAGCAACAGCAGCUGAUGCUACUCAAAUCCGCCGGUAACCAACAAGCUGGUCUGGCUGACCCUCUCAGCUCUGCCGCUUUGGAACAAGCGGCCCAAAUCCGCCAAGGCCUUGUACACAAUCAGAUGGCACAGUUCAAUGCGCUGCAGGCAGCACAGAACCGACAAUCCUCCCGAUUUUCUUUCGCCAAUGAGACCGGUUCUAAGAAUAUGCCUAACGCACGCAUGUUGAGCCAGAUGCAGUCUUCAUCUCCCAACCCUCUGUCUGCUCCAAGCCCUCAACAUGGUCUUUCAGCGAGCGGUUUCUAUGCCAGUGGUGUGCAGGGUCCCCCACCGGGACUCAAGACGGCCGGCACUCCUCCGAUUAGUGGUGGUGGAAUGUUUGCUCAAGGACAUGGCUUCACCUCUGGGCUUGGUGGUAAUGGAGGAAAGCAAGACCCGACUCCCGAGCUAAUGCGCGAGCUGCUGCGUGGACGAACUGGUACAAAUGUUGGAGGUCUACAGAGCCAGGAGGCUGCUAAGCGUGAGUUUAUAUUCCCUUUCCUUCAACAGCACAAUACCCCGCCCCCCAUGACUCCUGCCAAUGGCCUUCUCGGCUCCUUCUAUGGGCCCCAGGCGGGUGUAAUGCCUGAUUCUGGUGGCCCACAGAAGCAGAAGAAGAAGGGGAAGAAGCACAGACACGCUAACACUUCCUCCGGUGGAGGUGGUGUAGUAGAUCUUGCGGACCCGAGCAUUUUGCAAGCGAGGAUGCAUCAAGUCGGUGCGAAUGCUACAGCUGGGCAAGCGUUGUACGGGAGUCAGGGUCAAGUCAAUGAGGACUUUCCUCCUCUUGGAGACCAAUCCAAGGACCGACGACCUGUCGACAGCUUUGGGUUUCUGAAGUCUCAGUUGCCUGGUGAAUCAGCCGCUCGUGCUGGGACUCCGACUCUGCCACCUGGUCUGCCUUUACCCCAUGCUCAUCCCUCAUCGUCUGUCUUCCAGGAGCACAGUUCCUCGAAACCCUCUUCUCCUGCUCCAAUGCUCCCACCUGGAUUGACGCCCAACAUUUCGCGACUCAACAGCCCAUCGCAGAGUCGUAUUGAUAGCCCCUCUCGUCUUUUAAGCCCCGAACUUACCGUGGGCGGACCUUUGACAUCAAACCGGGUGAAGGAUGCUUCUCAAAUCUCCUUUGGUUCGCCCGUGCAAAAGUCUGCGAGCAAGGCUCGCACCCAACGCAAGAACGAGUUUAACAUUGGAGCUGAUUUCAAAGAUUCUUCUGCCAAGGCUGCAACCCAGUCGCGUCAGAGCCCUGCCCUUACGAAAGGCAGCCCACUCGACUUUAGCGUCCCGCCACCCUUAUCCAUCAAGACUGAGCAAGUACCACCUCCUAGCUCUGUUUCCGCAAUUGGCUCGCGCCCCGACACACCUCACACUGUCGCCUCUCGCCUCUCUGACUCCCCUGCCCCUCGUCAGCCUCGCAUUUUGCGUGUGGUAGAAACCCCAAAGACAGAAACUCCCGCCAGUGCAACCACACCCUCUGUGCCCGCUUCCGUUGUCGGGGGUACUAGGUCCCGCUCUAGGCGACAGAGCAUUUCGUCAAUUAGCAUCCCCGACACUUCUGCUGAUAUGGGAUCGGAAGCUGAUUACUAUCCUUCCACUUCUGUUUCACGUGCGAAUUCCCCUCCUGCUUCUUCUCGCAUCGGCUCCGCCCCUGUUCGGUCCAUGACCAAGAGCCAGGUCAAAAAGGAACGGAAGCAGAAGGCGAAGGAGGCCGAGGCUAAGAAAGUCGAAAUUGUGCCUGUGAAUGAGGAGCCUGUUCAAGCACCUAUCAUGGGGCGAAAGCGUAAGACUAAGAAGGCCCCUGCGGCUACUGUGAGCACACCCGAUACACCUGCUGCUAGUGUCCCUGAAAAGACUAGCCCUGUGAAAACAGCAGCCACUUCUCCAGUCAAGGCCGAACCGAAGGUGGAUACCUCAAAGAAAGUGAAAGCCAAGGAGACCAAGCCCGUCAGAGAGCCUACUCCUCCCCCAGUUGAAGAGCCACUUGCUGAAAAGGAAACCCCGGUGGAGCCAUGGCGUUUAAACAAUACACUUGGCCAGUUGGUCAAGGAUUCCGAGGCCCUUGGAAGAACAAUCAAGGAUCUUUUCGUUGAACGAACUAAGCCUCUGCACGAGCUGCUCGCUGAGAUGCAUAAGUCCGGCGAACUUGACCUCAACAAAAGUUCCCUCUUCAACCCUAGCAACCUCAACCAGCGCACUGACAUGAAGUGCACUGCGGACGACUACGAUUAUCUUCAGUCUCCCAAUCAGUUAACCGAGGAGGAUCGGAAAACUCUGCUUCGUGGAGAGCCAGUUCGGAUUGGUGAUGAUUUCCUCAAGACUCGAUGCCUCAUCACGCCCCGCGGCUGUGUCCUGCGCCACCUCGAGCCCGAGGAGGAGGAGCGCUACCUAGAACUGGAGAAGGCCAUGGCAAACGUCUCUGAUCCUUUCAUGAUUGGUGACGAUGCGAGCAACCCCAGUGGAGGACUGGAAGCACUUUUCGCGAAUCCCGAAAAAUUCAAUAUCUGCUGGGUUGACGACAUGCCCACUCGCCUGGGUGCCACAUCCCCGUCCUCUUCUCUUGAGGCGGCAGAAUCCGUGAUCCCGCCUAACGUCCUUUCAGCCAUGGAGGCAGACAGACAUGACUGGGCCGUCGCCAAUUCAGCAGAAUAUCUCAACACCACCCCUGCCGCCGUGCGCUCCUUCGCCGCAGUUACCGCGCAGCAUAUGCUAGGCAAUCCGGGCAUGGUCGGUACCAACCCAACCCUCGACGACGUUGCCAGUUUGACCAACGAGGAACUAAAGGAUCUCUCUGGUCGUUCUCAAAAAGACCUUGAGCUCACACGGAAAGAAAUUGAUUCGCUAGACAAAAAAUUCGCGGCUCUGCUUCGACGCAACAGGAAGCUUCAACAGCAGGCAUUGAACUUUGCUGCUGAGUCGGAGGUGUAA